AUGCCCUCCUCUGCCGGCGCGCUUGCGCUCGCCCUCCUGUCCCUCGCCUGCUGGGGAACCUGGUCCAACACAGCCAAGGCAGCCACCCACCUACCGUUCGCACUCUACUACUGCGACUUCACGCUCGGCGUCUUCGUGACGGCUGCCGUUGUGUUCAUCACAAUUGGAGACGGCCGUGUCUUCCUCUUUGAGGAUGGUGCUGCUGCCGGCGGUUUGCACGUUCUGGCCGCGCUUGGUGCCGGCGCAGUCUUCAACCUCGCAAACGUCCUGCUCGUCUCCGGCGUCAGCCUGGCAGGGCUAAUCGUAGCCUUCCCCGUGGGCAUCGGCACUGCCCUUGUGCUUGGCACACUCCUCACGUUUUGGAUCGACCCCGCCUCGACUAGCUAUCCCGCGCUGCUCUUUUGCGGUGUCGCCGCCGCCUUCUGCGCCAUCGUCGUGCAGGUUCUCGCCGAUCGUGAGCACCGAGGUUCGCGGCAGAAGAGGGACGGCGUGACAGAGCUCGAGCACUCUUGCGAAGUGCCCCACAGCGACGGCCAUUUGCGGCGAGCCGAACGCGGCGGCGUUAACGGCGGCGGGUUGGGCGGCAACGCGGGCGCGACCAUCAUUUGCGCGGUGAGCGGCGUGCUGAUGGCUUGUUGGAGCCCGCUCAACGCAUUCGCCAUGCGCACCGCGCCCGACGGCACGUGCGAUGGAUGCCUCGCGCCGCUCGGGUCGUCCUUCCUCUUCACAAGUGCAGUCUUAUUGACGUCGCCCGCAAUUUGCGCCUGUCUCAUGCGGUGGCCGCUCGUCGGUAGCCCCACCACCUUUGCCACCUACGCCAAGCUCUCCCCCCGCGACCACGCGCUGGGCUGGUUGGGCGGUGCUAUCUGGGCAGUCGGAACUGUCUCCAACCUGUUGAGCGGCAGCAAGCUCGGUCUCGCGCUCUCGUAUGCAAUCGGCCAGGCUGCGCCGAUGGUCGCCAGUCUGUGGGGGCUGGUAUACUAUCGCGAGUUCGCCGGGGCCAGCUACCGCACCGCCGCGCUGGUGGCAUCCAUGUUUGUGCUUUACCUGGCUGCCAUCGCCCUCACCGCGUGCAGCAAAUGA